GAGCAUGCGCAGUGAGCUCCUUGCGCUACGACGUGCUCUCCACGAUACGAGCAUAAACAACUGAAGUGGAUCUAAAACGUUAUUAAUGAGAGUUUAGCCUCACUGAAGUCGAAGGCGACUUGUGUGGUGACAGUGCCUGCUGGGAUCUGACCAUAGCUGGUGCAACAUGGGGCGGAAGAAACAGGGGAAGUUUGUGCGCCCUGACAACAAGGGCAAAGACAAACGACACAAAAUGAAGGGGAAGUCCUUGGAGGCCUUUACAGAAGAGAUGCACACAGUGUUUGAAGCGAGUCUUCACGUAGAGGAAGGAGCCGAGGCCCCUCAGGUGAAACUGCCAUGUCCACUCGCCAUGUGGGAAUUGGGUCACUGUGAUCCUAAACGUUGCACUGGCAGAAAGUUGGCACGCAAAGGGUUUGUACGCAACCUGCGCCUCAACCAGAGGUUCAAUGGACUCAUACUUAGUCCGAUGGGCACAAAGUAUGUUACGCCGGCAGACAGAGAGAUUGUGGCUCAAAAUGGUGUAGCGGUGAUUGACUGCUCCUGGGCCAAACUGGAGGAGACUCCCUUCAGCAAGAUGGUCGGAACUCAUCCCAGGUUACUGCCGUACCUCGUAGCCGCAAACCCUGUCAACUACGGCAAGCCUUGCAAGUUAUCUUGUGUUGAGGCUUUUGCUGCUACAUUCUGCAUUGUAGGUUUUGAAGAGCUUGCAGUGCUCUUGUUGCAGAAAUUCAAGUGGGGGAGAGUGUUCCUGGAGCUGAAUAAAGUUCUGCUGGAGCGCUAUGCUGCUUGCCAGUCAGAGGAAGAGCUGCUCUCUGUAGAGAAGGAGUUUCUCACAUCCAAACCAGAGGAGGACGACUUUGAUCCUUUCGAUGUUAAUUCAGGAGUAGAGUGUAGGAAUCUCAACAGACAUCAGUGUGUAUCUGAAGACGAUGAUUCUGAUGAGGACACGGAUGCCUCUGAGGACGACGAGGACGAAGCGGAGGAUGAGAAAACGGAAAGCAACGAGGAGUCAGAAACAGCCUCGCAUCAUCAUGAAGUGGAGGAGAAGGAAUCAGGCUCUUCACAAUAAAGCGUAUUUUAACCAUCUGGGAUUCUUUCUAACACAAGGACACAAAACUUGUUUUACUCCAACAUGAACUGAUUGCAGUUUUGUAUCAACACAUGAAAAUAAUCCAAAUAAAUGUUUUUCAUGGAAUCAAA